UCCCUUUGGCAUCGAAAACCCUAGGAAUUAGGGGUUUUCAAAGAAAAAUUCCCAAUUUGCAGCUGCGGAAGGUAAGAUGGGAGGCAAAUGUCCACACAGAAGGGUGAAGAAGAGAAGAUACUCACACAAAACCUUUCGUCGUGAUAAAUUUCUCGUUAAAGGUGAUGAUGCGGUUUAUGACGAGCUUAAAAAAACCGAGGGCGAGACGGUGGCCUUGCCAUUAGAUGAAGAUCUUCCUGGGAUGGGUCAAUACUAUUGUUUACACUGCGAUCGGUAUUUUGCGAACGUGACAGUGAGAGAUGAACAUUUUAAGACGAAACGACACAGGAAGCGCUUGAAGAUAAUGGCUGGUCCUGCACCGCAUACCCAACUUGAUGCGGACCUGGCAGCUGGAAUGGGCAUGCCUGAUAAUGGGCCUAAGCUAAUGUCGACGUGAGCCCAGUUAAUGUGUCUAUUCAUACUCAAUGUUUCUCAAAUUCAUAUGCAAUGUAAGAAUCAUUUGUUUUUAAGUCAGUGAAGCUAGUUUCUUAAAUCCGGAUAUGUGUGAGUUCUUUUUGGUAUUAGUAUAUUAUGAUCAUAAAAAGGUC